ACGGAGAAUCAAGAAAUCAAGGCGAGAGGCAAGCGACGAACGACCGCUCUUGAAGGCGCAGAGGACCGACCGCAUUGCGCUCGCUCUCGCAAUGCCUCCUGCUAGGCCUGACUCCUAGGUCUAUCGUCGUUGUCCUACCAAGGCCUGAAGGAUGGAGGCUGGAUCCGCGAUGUGAUGUGAAUAAGGGCGGGUGAUGUUGAACAACCAAGAGCGAUAGCUCUCGAUUCAGAGACGACAGUACUAUCAGCUCGAAGAGGACUAGUCAAUGGAGUUCUCGAAGAAGGUGAAUGCAACACACAAACUAAAUCGAGUACCACAUGCUGUAGCGUACAUACUACAUACCCUCGAGAGCGAUAGGGAACUCCUCGAAAAAGAGGACAACGACAAUAACAACAACAAUAGCUCAGAGGCGUGAAGAACGUCAAGGCAGCAAGACUUCGGCGACAGAGGUCUCCCAAAUGGACCCUAUUUCUUAAACCAUUUUGGUGGGAUCUGCAGCCUUAGUGAGAUACGAGUGACAGUCGUGGAUGUUGGUUGACUGCCAAGAAAAUGGCCAGUCAAGACGAGAAGCCAUCCAUUCAGUCUCGGCACAAGGUGCCCCCUUCUAAAAGUGGAGCCACUGCCAUGGAGCGAAAUGAUCCUUUGAAAGUGAUGAAGAUCGGGAGCCGGCAAAAAUUUGUGAUCAAGGACAUGGAGAACAAGGGCAAGGGCGCGGUAGCGGUCAAAGACAUUGAGGAAGGCGAGCUUAUUUUGGCUGAAAGUCCAUUAUUCAUUGUGCCGUGGUGGGUGAGAACUUCCCCCUAUCCUGGUAAGGAGGUCAACGACUACAUUUUGGACCGUUUGAGUUUGCUCAGUGAGAAGGAGCAGGCCUCGUUCUAUGCACUCAGCGACUGCAAAUGUUCCGUGGACGAGGAAAAAAGUGAGAUGGGCAUUUGGAGAACGAACAAUUUCGCUUUGGGCCGAUCCAGUAAAAAGUGUGACAACGCCAUCUUUAUCGCCAUCUCACGCUUCAAUCAUUCCUGCGUUCCAUUGGCGGAAUUCCAUUGGAACACCGACCUCAAGCGUCAAGAGAUCCGCGCCAUUGUGCCCAUCCAAGGCGGCCAAGAGAUCACUCUUUGCUAUGUCACUAGCGAAGUACUCACCAAGUCGAAGUCCGAGCGGCAGAAACGCUUUUGGGAGCAUUACGGGUUCGAGUGCGCAUGUCCGGAUUGUCAGUUGCAAGGACCUCGUUCUUUAGAUAACGAUGCUAUGCGGGAGCGAGUGGCUCAAUUGGAGCGAAAAAUCAUCGACCUCAUUUAUGUCGAGGUCAAGACCGAACCGAGUGAAGGCGAUAGCGGAGACCCUAAUAAUGGUGACUUCGAGCCCGAACAACGGCUCUCUCGAUCAUCUUCGCGGGUAGCGGAGGAUUUCGAAGAGGCUCUCAAACACGCCACGGAGCGGUUUCGCCUAAUGAAGCGUCUAGGGUUCAAGGCUGUCAGCCUCCUGGACGCCUGUUCCAUGAUCGUGGACAUCGCUUACGAUGUGCCUGACUACCGAACGGCUAAGAUGUUCUGCAAAGAAGGUUUACGCCUCUCCAAAAUGCUCUACGGCUGGAUCUCAUCUCAAUAUAAAGACUGGGAGGAACGAUUGUCCUUGGUGCAGGAGUACCAAAACCUGUCCAAGACCAUUAGCUCUUACCAUCAAAAUAAGGCCUCGGGCUGAUCAGCGAACUUGGGUUUACUUCUAAGAAUGUAACAAUAAAGCAUCUUCCCAUUUCGA